CGGCGCGCGGUUUCUUACCCGCCAGACAUCCAAGUAUUCGAUCGCGCAAGUGCAACUUCCGUUUCGGUGGGAGAACACAACUACCUUCGUGGGGGUUUGAAAUGGUGGGGAAUCUUCGAAGAGAGCGAGUUAAACGCGAGGCAGCUAGGUUACCAUCGCGUAUAUACCGGCACUAUUGACAUGUUCCGGCAAACACGCGCUUCGAGCUCUUACGAGCAUUACGUUAACUGAUCAAACUCCUAACGUGUCUCCUUCGUGAUGAUUCCGUCUGAUUUACGAGUGUACCGCCAGAACAUGCGAUCACCUAAAUGGCUUACAUAAGUUGCGCGGUAACAUUAAUUACUUCGGGUAACCGUAUGCACAUCUUAUUCAAUAACAUCGUGAGUAUUACUUCAAGAAAUCCAAAUUGGUGACAACCUAUUAAAACUGCGUAAACACAGUUCGCGAAAGACACCUUCACGGAAGUUUCGGCACUCUUUCGUUUCUUCUUACGAAUACGAAAUAGAGUAGCCGGUUCUUGGGUCACUCGAUCACCAGUUACGUGUUCUAUUCCCAUUUUAAAUCAAUGACAUAAACUGCGGGCAGUGCUAGAUAAUUAUUAAAUAUUAAAUUCACCAAGCGAUAAUUCUUAUAAAAGCAACAUUGACAAGAACGAAAUUUAAACGAUACACUGUGUCACACAUAUAAUACGAGCUUAGUGAGGAACGUGAUGGUGACCUAGAAACGAUUUGAAGUGGUAACUUUAUCAUCUAAAUAGACAAAACUCGCAACGGUGCCAAGAAAAAAAAUCGAAGUGGGGGAUCAAGGAAUGCGGACGUUAUUCUUUCAAGUUGCUGUGUGUCUCUACGAGUCAUGUUCUACCUACGAUUAUAAAAUUUGCACUACCAAACGAGAUCUUUCUAAGCUGUUGUGGAUGUAGAAAAUCAUCUUUUGUUUCGUUUCAACGAAUCUUACUCGCUUAUAAUAUAUACUUCAUAUGGAAAAUAGAAAAGAAAAGCACGUAAAAGUAAGAUACAAAGAUGAUCGAUGUCGAUAAUAAGAAGUAGAGACUGUUGAAAAUAUCUGUUGAAGUAUCGUUUCUACAAUACCUCUGGUUCGUGGUUAAAGACGUGCCAAUGAUCGAGCUCGAGCAUUCCAUCUAUAAAGCGAGUAUACCAGGUUUGCCGUGGAGUUGACGCACUGACCGCGAUCGUUGCAUGAUAUCUCGUGUUUUUUGGAACACACGGUCGUGUGUGUGUUCCAGUCUCGAGUCUCGUGGUCGUAUUUUACGUUGAUUUUUAACGGACCUAUAUUGAAUCAAGCGUGCGUCGAAAGUGCGGUGAAAUAAAAAACAAAGUGCUGUGGCUUAAUUAAACGGUGAAGAUGGAGGAUACAGAAGGGAAAAUCACGCUGAGAAUUAGCAUGUCCGUGAUCGUGCUCGUGAGCACGUUGUUUGUUGGCGGCGUGCUGUUUGUAAUCGGUUACAUCGUUAGCCGGUUGUCACGGUCCAAUAAGCCUUCAGAUUCAAUAAAAAAUGGUACAGAAUCGGAAAAAGUAAAAUUCGAACGUUCGAGAGACUUAACGAGCGGAUCGACUGGAACAACCGGUGGUAGCAGCAACAAACGCGCCAAGAAAAAAAGACGCGAAAUACAACAAGAGUUUACGCAUUCGUGGAUGGUCGGUGUGCUGAAAGGACACACAGGCACAGUUUUGAAUAUGAAUUUUUCAAGUAACGGCAGAUAUCUCGCAAGCUGUGCCGAAGAUUGCGGCCUGGGGCCGGAACAAGAGAUGCUGGAUGUUGGGGAGACCAAUCGAUACGACAACUGUCAGGCGAAUCAUGAGACACCAGGUUCCACGGAGGGGACACUAUCAAGGAGCAACAACAGUUCGCCUUCCUCGACUUCCGCGUUGAUGACAAGUACCGCAUCCGGUGGCCAAUCUGCAACUUCGGACGAAGCAAAUUCGACGACGACACCGUCGCCUACGAAGGAAGAUCAAGCCAUUCUAAGUAGAUGGCAUCGUACCAGAACUCAACAACUUCGAGACGAUGAGCACAAGGACAAGCAGUCAAACCAAGAGAAACAACGACAUUGUCUACAGAUUCACUGUCUACAAUCGGUGAUCCCCGAGACAAAUUUCAUAGCGAGGAACACUUCGUGUUCCAGGAGAAUACAGAUUCACUGUCUAGACUCGGUGAUCCCCGAGACAAAUUUCAUAGCGAGGAACACUUCGUGUUCCAGGGUAAUACAGAUUCAGACUGAUUCUCAUAACGAGGGAAACAGGAACGACAGAGAGCUCGGCAACUGCACUAAGAGAAAGGAACUGCAGCAUUUUAGUGACGCGGUUCUCGCUUCAAUGCUUCGCAAAUACGCGCUCAGUGGGGAGCAGCUAGCUGACCUUGGCUAUCCCGUGGAGUACAGUUAUCCCUUGAGUUUCCCUUGCUACGCGGUGAUCAUCAACCAUUAUUAUCACCUAAUGGGUCAUCGAGUUCGCGACGGCUAUCAUCGAACUCGCGGCUAUCAUCGUUUAGACGUGAACGCGCGGGAAUUCGUUCCUGGCGGCAAGAAUUUUAAGUGGCCGACAGAGAACGGGGGGGACAGUGGACAUUGCACCGGAAGUUCGGUGGAGAAUUCCGAUCUGGAGCAAGAGAGUGCUUCGGAUAGUGAUAAGAAUUCGGACAUUAGCGAGACUUCCGAUUUUUCAUAUUCAUCUUCGCCCAAAGACGAGUCGAGUCGGAAUUCCUCGGUACUGGCCGUUGACGAAAGACUAUGUGCCAGAUGUCACAAAAUAUUCUACCAGAACCAGGACGACAGUGAAUACCUGUCGCACGAACCAUGCGUUUACCAUUGGGGCAAGCUACGUAAUCGCCUCAUAGGAGGCACUCGCUAUGAUAUAUGGGAAUGUUGUAGAGAACGAGGUAACGCCCAAGGCUGCACUAUAGCUCGAAUGCAUGUGUGGACGGGAUUGAGGCCAGGUUUUAACGGCCCGUUCGGUGGCUACGUCCGUACCAAUUUGGCGCAAGAAGUGCCCGCAGAUGGCAAUUACGGUGUUUAUGCUUUGGACUGUGAGAUGUGUUUUACGCUGCGCGGUCUCGAACUGGUCAAGGUCACCGUGGUAGACAUCGACGGCAGGGUCGUUUACGACACUUUGGUGAAGCCGGACGUCGAGGUGAUCGAUUACAAUACCAGAUUCAGCGGCAUCACUGCGAAAGAUCUGGAAACAGUGACGAAAACCAUUAGGGACGUUCAGAGAGAUCUGACCAGUUUCAUCUACGCGCAGACCAUACUCAUAGGACACGGACUAGAAAACGAUCUGCGUGCGCUCAAGUUAAUCCACACGACGGUGGUCGACACGUGCGUCGCGUUUCCGCAUUUCCUUGGUUAUCCUUAUCGUAACAGUCUAAAGACGUUAGCGAGAACGGUGCUAUAUAGAGAAAUUCAAGCAAAGGCGCACGAUUCCGUGGAGGACGCUAGAAUCGUGAUGGAUCUCAUGUUGAGAAAGCUGCAGCAGGACAACUCGUAGGACCGUUGAUGAUGAAAGAAGAAGAUGAAAAAGGAGUACAGUGAAUGAACCGCUGAACUUCUUCUUUGCGAGAUGCUCGAACAAACUGCACGGUGAAAAUCGAAUUUCUGUUUCAUCGUCGAGCAAUUUGAAAUUCGGACGUUUGCUAUUGCGUAAUUUCGCCGCGUAGAAUUCCAUCGAGAGAAGUUAGAAUGCGUAAACGUCGAUGGUUCACGAUCUUCGUCUUCUCAACUUGAUAAGAUGAAUUUAUUAUACAAACGUUAAUCGUGUCGACCUGCGCGAAUAACUUCCGUUAGUGUUCAGUUCCAAGUGAAGUCUGUGAUACGUAAUAAAGAUAAAAAAAUAAAAAUUAAAAAAAAUUUUAAAAAUAAAAGAAAAAGGAACACAUACAUAAUGCGGUCCCCGACGCGUUUAAACAGUGUUCAUUAUACGGGGCUCGCGUUUUUCGCUCGCACAGAUCGACAUAUAAUACAUACACGCGCAUACACAAUUCACACACUCAGUAUCAAAAAUAGACUAUAGCCAAUCUUUUGUACGAUGUACAUCGUUGCCGAGGAAAACGUUUGACUCGACUUUCUUUUCUUUUUUAUAUAUUAUAUAGAUUAAUAUAGAAUUUUCCCUCUCAAUGAAUCUCUAUCGCGAUUCUGAUGAAAGAUGUUAAUUUCCUUUAGCCGAUUUCUAUUUUUCUGACAAAUCUCUGCAUUUUUUAAGAUCCAAGAAAAAUAGAAACAUAUGAAUCAUUUAUGUUGGAAAAAUCGAUGCUCGAAAAAAUUAGUUUUGUUUUUAACGCUCUUUCCUUUCUUUAUACAUUAAAAAAAUGUAGAAAAUGUAACAAAAAUCGAAAAGUCGAAUCUUUUUACCCUCGGAAUAAAAAUAUUGCGUAUCGCGACUCGACGUGUUAUGCAUCUGAAAUAUAAUAUUUUCAAAAGUAACAACGAAUCGUACGAGUUCUUCUCAGAGUCGCAAGAAAAAUUCUUCGUCCUUUAUCGUUACAGGUGAAUUACGUAAAUUUUAUUAGCUAUGACAAUAGCAAUAAUAAAGCUUAUUACUCGAUGAUCCACCUAGCUCAAGUUCCUACUGGUAGAGAGACUUUGUUAUGCAACAAUAUUUCCUAUCCACGAAACAAUUUCCUCGGCAAGCGAUAUUAGUGGUGAUAUACAUUUACGCACAUUGUUUCUCAUACGUAGUAAUAUGUUUCGAGUUUCUCACACUUCGUGUAUCAUGUAAAAAUGUACAUUUGACAUGUGUGUAUAUAUAUAUAUGUAUGUAUAUAUGUACGUUUAUGCAUACAUGCAUAUGCUAUAUAUAUGUAUGUGCGCGCGUGUGUGUGUAGAUAUAAGUAUAUGCAUAUGUAUAUAUGCUUACACACGUAUGUACAUAGUAUGCAUAUACAUACACGUAUACACAUAUAUGUAUGCGUUUCUUAUACCUUGCGAUUUGCGACUUCUUCUCAUGCAUAUUUCAUCCCGCGUUAUUUUUUCGUACACGUACCGCGAGAGGAGGACACGCGGCGUCAUUGAUACUCGUAAGUGUCUCGGGCUUCCACAAUGGCUUGCAUUUAAAUUCUCCUCGAAAACGUCUAGAAAAUGCCGCUAAACGAGGACACACACGCAAAGAUGGAGAUAUUAUUUCGAAUCAACUAGCUUUUUAUUUUAUUUUUUUCCUUUUAAUUGCGAUUCUCUUUCUCUUUUUCUUCUUCUUUAAAUUAUAUUCUUCGGCAAUUUUUUUUUUUUUUUUUUUUCUUCUCGAAUCGGCAAGAGAUAAGGAUUUUCUUACGAUAAAAUGCCCGCUCUGUCCUCUUCGUGUUCGUCGAGCAAAACAGAAACGAAUGUACCUUAUCGCCGCGUGCGUGCGUGCCACUCCGCUCGUUCUUCGUCCAUAAUCGGUUAUCGAAUUUCUUCCCCAAGACAAAAGUGGCGAACGUGAGGCGAAUCGUGCGACAUUUUUAUAAUUGACCACAAUAAUCCAUUAUCUCGCGUUCAUAUGACACAACGUUUUCGUUUUAUACGUGUCGUCGCAUGUAAACGAUCGGGAAUACUCGAUCCGAAUCGGGAUCGAAUCCCUGAGAACCGUACGUCCGAUUUCGCCUCACGUUAUACGAAUUAAGACAGUGGAUAAUGUUCCGUGAUUUUAUACUUUAUUACCGACAUUAACCGAUGCCCUAUGCGUGCCUAUUUAUGUAUCAAACGUAUAGUAAAUAUAACGUACAUAGCAAUAUUUUCCCAAACGCACGUGGUUAUCUGUACAAAGUAUUCCGCGAUAGAAUUUUGCAUUUUCCUCCUUCCGAGAGCCGGGAAAAUUAUACUUCUGUGUAACAGGUUUUCACGAUGAAAAGCAAUCAUCCUUGGAAACCGGUGCUUUACACCAGUUGAAAUUAUUUUACUUAAUUUUAGCUCUGCCAUCUUAUGUUCAUGCCGACGUUUCUUUUUCUUAUUGUUGUUGUUCUUUUCUUUUUUUUUUUUUUUUUACCGUUUAAUUUAUGUAUAUUAUAAUUCGCGUCAAAACAUCGGAAAAACGUUUUCGACCUCGCAUCGGUACAUCGAUCUCAGCUUCUUGUACAUAUAUCAUUCGACAUUUUUUCGUUGCGAUAUUCAAACUUUUAUUCAAAACAUUUUGAAGAACUUUCAUAACGCGAACGAAUCUGUUGAUCGUCAUUGAAGCGCGAUAUAUUCAUAAGGAUUAUUUCAUUACACCCACGGUACCGUUUUCAUGUUAGAAAGUCACCUGGUACGAAUAUAGCAAUAUCAUUCAUCGCUUUGUAAAUAGCAUAAUAUUUAUUUUAGCGCAUCAAGAGGCAAAGUACCUGUGCAUUCUGUACGAAGAACGUUCCUCCGAUUUUCUCAGCCAUUACUUGCAAAAGUACAACGGGGAUCAUUACGGGGAUUCGUUCGCGAUCGAUUAAUUUUUGUUAUAUUUUCAUGUUCAUCUUUUUGUAUACCGAGAACAACUGAUUUAUUUUUCAUUUGUACCGUUUGAAUGACGUCCAAAUACUGGAAAAAUACAUUUAUUAUAUAAAAAAUAA